UCCUCCUCAUUUCGUUCCUUAGGGUUGAUCGCGAGGCUAGAUCGCUCAGUGCUCCGUGCCCUGCGUUCAUGUAGGAUAGCCGAUAGACCUUUCCGUUGCCAAUGGCUCCAAUUCGCAAAUGCCACAUGUGUAACCAACGAUUGACCUCCUAAGAACGAGCGCAUGGCGCGGCUCGUGUUGUCGAAGCCACUAGCAGUCAAGACAGGUCACGGCCUCGCAGCACAGCCGCUAUCACGGCUGCCGCUACUGCUAGCCCUUCUCGUCGCGUCCUGCCGCUCUCCGCCCGUUCCCUGUGCGUGCGCCUUGAGCCAGCUGGGCCGUGGGGCGAUUCAGCGGCACGCGCGGCUGGUGGCGCGGACCAGGUCGCACGGCGGAUGCAAUUACCUCAAGGGGAGCUGGGUGGACACGUCGACCAUACCAGGCUACAGCCCGCCCUACAGCCCCAGCUGCUCGCAAUUCAGUUGUGCUGACGUGGCAGAGGGGCACACGAACCCUUCCAGCUUUGUGUGGCAGCCCUUUCCCCCCUGCUCCUAUGACCUGUGGCGAAUGCAGCCACGUGUGCUGCUAGACAGGUACCGCAACAGCGUGAUAGCUUUUGUGGGGGACUCGUUCAGCGACAACCUCGUCUACUCCUUCCGAUGCACUCUCUCAGCAGCCACGCCCUUCAAGUACGUGCGCCUAUCUGUGGGUAACUACCGCUACCGAAAUGCUCUGCUGCUGCCCUCCUACAACCUCACUAUAGUCAGCAUCGGCAGCGGCAAGCUCACACGCCUAGUCAACACGACCUCAGCAAGGGUGAGGGUGGAUCCAGAGUGGGCCACCAUCCUGCCGCUCACCAGUGCCAUCAUCUUCACAUCCGGCCAUUGAUUCUUCCACCAGAAUUUCAUGUCACCGGUUCUGAAACUUCGCAAGUCACUAAAGGCUGUGCGUGACUAUAUCGAACGGACCAACUACCCCGGCGUCCCCCUCGUUGUAUCCUACUCACCGAUGCACUACCGUGUACAGUGCAGAAAGGCUGUCGCUCCUUCAAACAACAUCACAGCAGCUGUUGAAGGGGGGGACCUCCGUGCGAUGGUGGCGCUGAAAGAGCAGAGGAAGCUGCUAAAAAACUCCCAGAUAAGAUUAGUGGAGAUAACUUACAUGAGUAUGCUAAGGCCGGAUGCACAUUUGAAUAGAGGGUUGAAUGGGAGGAAGAAAGACUGCAGCCACUGGUGCUUGCCUGGUGUACCUGAUGCAUGGGUUGAUGUUAUCUACUCCAUGCUUGUGUAGGUCAUUCUUUAAUCUAUCAUGCC